AUGAAUAACGUUGAUAUUGGAAAAUACAAGAGAAUCGUGCAGUACCUCUGGGAUCCCGAGCCGAAGAAUGACGAUGAACCUGGCUCGCCCAUCUGGUGCCUCGGGCGAGAGUAUCAGCCACUGACUCCCCCGCAACCACAACCACCAUCACCACAUGUCCAGGCGGUUGAUACCGGCACCAAGGACGCCGGCGAUGACAAAAAGACACAGGAUGAACAGAAAAAUCACUUAGAUCAGACCGCAAAUACAAGCCCGACAAGAUCAUCGGAUAGUGCUACAAAGCCGCAGAGGCAUCUACUGCCCUUCGCAAUCCACCGUGGAUCAACAAGCCCUCUGGGACAGCAAGGACAGCAGCAUUGGCCAGACGCUUUCCUCGAUGAUUUUGAAUCAAAGAUAUGGCUUACUUAUCGCUCCAACUUCCCGCUGAUCCCCAAGUCCAACGACCCGAACGCUUUGUCGGCCAUGACGUUGGGUGUCCGCCUCAGAAGUCAACUGGUUGAUUCGCAGGGAUUCACGACGGAUACUGGAUGGGGCUGUAUGAUUCGGUCAGGACAGAGUUUGCUUGCAAAUGCGCUGGCAAUAUUAUCUCUAGGUCGAGACUGGAGACGUGGUACCAAGAUAAAGGAAGAAAGCAAGCUACUCUCGCUAUUUGCCGAUGAUCCAAAAGCCCCCUUUUCAAUACAUAGAUUCGUGGAACACGGAGCUUCCGCAUGUGGCAAAUACCCUGGGGAAUGGUUUGGCCCGUCCGCAACAGCAAGAUGCAUACAUGGCCGCCCUUCCUCCUCCCACUACUUCAUCGGCGCCCAAGGCUCCCACUUCUUCUACCUGGACCCGCACCAUACCCGCCCAGCCCUCGUCUACCGCGACGCGGGCGACAGACCGUACACCACUGAAGAGCUGAACACCUACCACACGCGCCGGCUGCGGCGUUUACAUAUCAAGGAUAUGGACCCCAGUAUGCUGAUUGGCUUCCUGAUUCGUGAUGAGGAUGACUGGAAUUCGUGGAAGAGGAGCGUGCACAAUGGCGCAAUGAUCGGGACAGGGAAAGCUAUCAUACACGUGUUUGAUAAGGAGAAGUCACCGUUUGGUGGGCAUGGGCCGGAGAGAGAAGGGGCGGUUGAUGAAGUGGAGGCGCUGGAUGAUGAUGACGACGACGACGAUGACGAUGUUGAUGUCGACAAAUGUGACGAUCACGAUGCGCGUGUUGAUGACGAUAAUGAUGUGAGCAUCCGCGAAGACCCCGGGGAUAGCUCCAGUUUCCUACAUAUAUCAAAAUAA